AGAAAAGAGAAAAAGAAGAAAGGAAGAAGCAAGAAGGAAGAAAGAGAAAAGGAGAGGAGCAACAAGCUUCAAGCUUCCUCAACAAUUCUCGAAAUUUCAAGCCCCAAUCUCCUGCCAAGGGUAAGCUCCAAAUCCAUGUCAAGGAGAAAAAGUUUCAAGUGCAAGUCUUAAAUCCCUUGAAGGACAAGAACAAGCUUAAGCCCUUGCCCUUCAGCCUCAGCCUCCUGCCAAGGGUAAUCUCCAAAUCCAUGUCAAGAGGAAAAAGUUUCAAGCACAAGUCUUAAAUCCCUUGAAGGACAAGAACAAGCUUAAGCCCUUGCCCUUCUAAAAUUCAGCUGUUAAUCAGAGGAUCGUGCUGUUCUAAGACGUGUUGCUAUUCAAAGCCCAAGCACAUUUUGUGACUACACAUCUUUGGCGACUCCACUGGGGAAAUCUCUGCCUCUCAUCUUUCAGUUGAAGAAAAAAAAAAAAAAUUUCCACCAUAUCUUUCUAGGCAUGGCGGACUCAAAGCAAGCUAUAACUCCUAUUGCAACUCGAAAAGUUCAAAUCUUUUCCAAUCAAUCUUCCUUGUUGACUCGUGCCAAAGCACGCAUGACGAGAUCCAAGUUGGUCUCCCCCUUGAGGCAAUUCACUAGAAGACGUCGUAAGGAGGCUGCAAUAAAAAAACGAGCAUUAACCAUCCAGUCACCUUUCCAGCCUGUGAAGGAUGUCAAGUACUUCUCUUCAGAAUCUAGUGAAGGUGAAGAACUUAGUCUCAAGCCCAGUCAUGUGUCUACUUCGAAGUUAAGGUGGGCUGACUAUCCUUCAUCAUCGUCUGAGUCCCUCUUACCUGCCUUGGUUACUGAAGCGACAUCUGGUGACCCGGAUGCUCUCCUUAAGGCUGUGGAAGGCUUAAGGAAAGCUGUGGCUGAAAAGGAUGCCCAAAUCAAGGAACUCCAAGAACUUUUAGCGGCUCAACACUUAUCAAAACAGAAUAACCAAGCAGCAUCAAGCUCAGUCGCUGAAAAAGCCCUCGAAAACAAGGAAGACUCAUUAAGGACUUCAGAUCGAGGUAAGCAAGUUACCAUGGAGGAAAGCUUGGAGCAACAAAAGCAAGAGCAACUAGAUCGAACAAUUCUCCAAGGUGCUUUCCGUGACACUGCUCAUGCUACUGUGGCAUCUCUUACAUUUCCGCAACUUAAACUUUUAGUUGAUGAUGUGAUUCGAGCUCGACAAGGAGGGACCUCACAAUCCUCACUUGUGUAUGCCAAGCCCUAUACUCGUAGGAUUGAUAAUCUAAGCCUACCGGACGGCUACCAGCCACCAAAAUUCCAAAAGUUCAAUGGGAAGGGCAACCCAAGGCAACACGUCGCCCAUUUUGUUGAAACAUGCAACAAUGCUGGCACCUAUGGGGAUCUCAUGGUGAAACAGUUUGUCCGGUCCUUGGAGGACGCAGCCUUUGAAUGGUACACUGACCUUCCUGCUGGGUCAGUGGAUAGUUGGGACCAAUUAGAGCGAGAAUUCUUGACACGUUUUUAUAGUACCAAGCGUACUGUUAGCCUGCCUGAGCUUGCUAACACCAAGCAAAAGAAAGACGAGUCUGUGACAGACUUCAUUGAAAGAUGGAGGAAUCUCGUCCUAAACUGUCGAGAAAAGAUUAGUGAGAUCUCUUCUAUUGAUAUGUGCGUGCAAGGUAUGCAUUGGGGAUUGUUGUAUAACCUUCAGGCUAACAUGCCACAUACCUUUGAAGAAUUGGCCACUCGUGCCCAUGACUUGGAAAUUCAAAUUGCUAGGCAUGGCAACUUUCUUCCAACAGACGCUCAUGAUAAAAAAGAGUCUCGAAAAGAUGUGAAGAAGGAAGUGAAACCUUCAAAAGCAAAAGAAACUAUGGCAGUCACAACAGCGCCUGUAAAGAUCUCACAACAAAAGCCAAAGCCAAAUCCUAAACAAGGUGUCAAGAAUGUUGAGGAUCAGGGUCAAAAGAAGAAGUCUACCUUGAAAGAGUUGCAACAAAAGGAGUAUCCAUUUGCAGACUCUGAAGUGCCAGCUAUCUUUGAGCAAUUGUUGGCGCUAAACUUAAUUGAACUUCCAGCUCCUAAGCGCCCAGAGGAAGUUGGGAGAGUAAAUGAUCCAAAAUACUGUAAGUAUCACCGAAUUGUGAGUCAUCCAAUCGGUAAGUGUUUUGUGUUGAAAGAUUUGAUAGUUCGUCUUGAGAAAGAAGGCAAAAUACAACUAGAAAGUGAAGAAGGUUCCGCUACCACCAAUGUUGCCAUGGUUUCCUUUGGAUCCUUCAAUCCAGUUCCACUCCUGCCUGUGCAACGAACCCCACUAAUGGUUCAGCCUAAGGAGUUUGGUCCCCACUUGCCCAAGGGGGCAAUUCAAGUUAAAUUUCAAACAGAUGAUGAAGAAAAGAUAGCCUAUGCUUAUCCUGACAUGCCUACUUCUGGAGGUCCAGGCUCUCUUUCUUUAUAUGACCUUAUGACGGUGAAUCUUGAAGAUUGGGAAUCAUCAUCUGAGUCUGAAGAUGAGGUUGGCGAUGGUUGGUCAACCUUCAUUAGUAAGAGUAGAAAACACCGUAAUCUAGUAUCUAGUGGAAUGCCACUCCCAGAUCCUCAUAAAAUCAUGUAUGGUAUCUAUCCAGAGAUAAAGCCGACUGGAUGGUGUUCAAACUCUGAGUUUCCUGCCUUUGACAAUGAUGAUGAUGGGUGGAUUCCAGUUCAACCACGAAGGAGGAGGCGUCAUUCAAGACCCACACUACCAUCCAUCCAACAAAAUCAUUCAUUUCUUUCAGCUUUGCCAGCUGCACCAAAAAAUCAAGAACAACGUCAGCUAGUGAAAAGGAGUAAACUCCUAAUCCAAGGCUUUAACCAAAAGGGCCAACGUGCAAUUGGCAAGAUCCGCAUCAAUUUCCAAAUCGCAGACAUGGCAACCUCAGCUUUGUUCCAUGUCAUAGAAGCUAAAACAUCAUAUGAGCUUCUUUUAGGACGAACAUGGAUUCAUGAAAAUGGGGUGGUUCCGUCAACUUGGCAUCAAUGUUUUAAAUAUCAUUCUGAUGGCAAAACAAAAUGUGUUAUGGCUGAGAAAGAGCCUUUCACGAAAGAAGAGUCCCAUUUUGCUGAUGCCAAAUUUUAUGAAAAGGAAGAAGAUGAUUUUGAAGCUCUUCCUAUCAAGAUGCCACAAAUAAAGCAAAAGAAUGACGGAAAAAUCGUUGUUCGCCCUAUAAAAGAUCCAUCUUCAAGUUCUGAAGUUCAUCUUUCAGUAGAGGAUGUGAAGGUGCUCAAGGAAGAUCUUGUUCUUCCAUUGUCUACACUCUCUAAAUUGGGCAUUUCUAAUCCAAUUAUAAAAGAAAUGGUUGAAACAGCCAUAGAACAUGAAAAGCAACCUCAAGGAUGGUUUGAUCCUCGUGCUCAAAUGUUACUAAAAAGGGCUGGCUUCAAAGAAGGAGAGUCUCGGCAACUUGGGGAUUUGAACUCUAUCCUCACCGGUACUCAAGCAACCCAAACUGGGAAGGAAGCCAUGUUGAGAGGAGAACCUGUGCCAAAGCAGAGGCAUGGGCUUGGAUUUCAAUCAUCUAAACCUGCAAAGAUCAAGAUAAAAAAGAAGUCAGCAAAUCCAAUAACCAUCCAGAUUUUUGAAACCGACGAGGUUGAAGGGACUCCACAACUACGAGUUUCAGCCUUGGAAAGGAUUCAGCAAGAAAAUAUCCGAGUGUCAGUUUUUGAAAGACUAGGGCCUGCUCCUUCACUAUUGACAAUCCAAGAGAGUCAUUCUCAAAAACCUUCAGUCUUUUCUAGACUUGGUGCUAAACAGCAAAACAACAAGAAAGCAUCUAAGAGUCAGAAAAUUCAGAAGAAAAAGAACAAGUCUAUGCAAAGAAAGAAGUAUCAAUGGAGGCGUAAAGACGUCCUUGAUGGGCAAGAGAUCUCAAAGCCUUCCGUUGAGGAACAAAAGGCAGCUGAAUCAAACCAUGUCUCAAUUGAGAAAAUUUCUGACUCUGAUUCUUCAGAUGAAGAACCAAAUCCAGCCCCAGAAGCCUUUGAGGAGGGGGGACAAGCUACUACUGACGAGCUAAAGCAAUGGAAUUUGGGUACAGAGGAUGAUCCCAGACCCAUUUUUCUUAGUGCAUCGUUGAGUUUGGAGGAAGAAGUAAGAUAUGUGCAACUACUUACUGAGUACAAGGAUGUGUUUGCAUGGUCUUACAAAGAGAUGCCAGGCUUAGACCCAAAAGUAGCUGUUCAUCGUCUAGCCGUGAAGCAUGGGGUACGCCCAGUGAAGCAGUCGCAGCGGCGUUUUCGUCCAGACCUCAUCCCACAAAUUGAAGCUGAGGUUGAUAAGUUGAUUGAAGCCGGCUUCAUUCGGGAGGUCCAUUAUCCAUCCUGGAUUGCGAACAUUGUUCCAGUUCGUAAAAAGAAUGGACAACUCAGGGUAUGUGUAGAUUUUCGUGAUCUAAACCAAGCGUGCCCAAAAGAUGAUUUUCCACUUCCGAUCAUAGAGCUUAUGGUGGAUGCAACCAUGGGGCAUGAAGUUUUGUCCUUUAUGGAUGGAUUCUCUGGUUACAACCAAAUUCGCAUGGACCCUAAGGAUGAGGAGCUUACAGCUUUUCGAACACCAAAGGGUAUUUACUGUUAUAAAGUUAUGCCAUUUGGGUUGAAAAAUGCCGGAGCCACUUACCAGCGUGCAAUGCAAAUGAUUUUUAGUGACAUGUUGCAUAAGCUGGUUGAAUGUUAUGUCGAUGAUUUGGUUGUUAAAUCUGAGAGACGUGAUGACCACCUCAAUGACUUGAAAGUUGUGUUUGAGAGACUUCGCAAGUACCAGCUAAAAAUGAAUCCAUUAAAAUGUGCCUUUGGUGUUUCCUCUGGCAAGUUUCUAGGGUUUAUUGUGAGGCAUCGAGGCAUUGAAAUUGAUCAAUCCAAGAUAGAAGCAAUUGUGAACAUGCCACCCCCAAAAAAUCUUCGAGAGCUAAAAAGUCUUCAAGGCAAGCUAGCUUACAUUCGGAGGUUUAUUUCAAACCUUGCUGGACGGUGUCAUCCAUUUAGCAAGUUAAUGAAGAAGGAUGCACCAUUUGUAUGGGAUGAAGCAUGUCAAAAUGCUUUUGAAAGCAUUAAGGAAUACCUCCUUCACCCUCCAGUUCUUGUUGCACCCGUUCUUGGGAGACCAUUGAUCCUUUAUAUUGCUGCACAAGAAUAUUCCUUGGGAGCAUUGCUGGCACAAGUCAAUGAAGAAGGAAAAGAAAAUGCUCUCUAUUAUUUAAGCCGUACUCUCGUAGGGGCAGAGACCCUUUAAAAUACAUCAUGUCAAAGCCGGUGCUCUCUGGUAGAUUAGCAAAAUGGGCACUAUUAUUGUCUGAAUUUGAAAUAAUUUAUGUGCCACAAAAGGCAAUAAAAGGACAAGCCUUAGCUGAUUUUCUUGCAAAUCAUCCAAUUCCAUCUGAAUGGGAGUUGUCAAAGGAUCUUCCAGAUGAGGAGAUGUUCUUUGUAGAUGUAUUGCCAUCAUGGGAGCUUUUCUUCGAUGGAGCAUCAAGAAAAGAUGGUGCUGGGG